CCUGAUCUGGCCAAACACUGGCAUCCCUGGGAAGAAUUGUGGUACCAUUAUUCUCACCGCAGAGGAGCUUGGAAACUGUCGGGACUGUGCAACAAUGCAGUUCUGUGCCAAUAAGCUGGAUAAGAAAGACUUCUUUGGCCGCUCUGACCCAUUCAUGGUGUUCUACAGAAGUAAUGAGGACGGAACUUUCACUAUCUGCCAUAAAACUGAAGUGGUAAAGAAUACGCUGAACCCCGUCUGGCAGCCGUUCACCAUUCCUGUCAGAGCGUUGUGCAAUGGAGAUUAUGACAGGUCAAUUAAAGUGGAGGUGUACGACUGGGACAGAGAUGGCAGUCAUGAUUUUAUCGGGGAGUUCACCACCAGCUACAGAGAGCUCUCUCGUGGUCAGAGUCAGUUCAACGUGUACGAGGUGGUAAAUCCUAAAAAGAAGCUCAAAAAGAGGAGAUACAUCAACUCUGGCACAGUGACACUGCUUUCAUUCUCAGUGGAGGCUGAACACACGUUCCUGGACUACAUCAAAGCAGGCACUCAGAUCCAUUUCACAGUGGCCAUUGAUUUCACUGCGUCCAAUGGGAACCCUUCUCAGUCUACCUCCCUGCAUUACAUGAACCCCUAUCAGAUGAACGCGUAUGCCAUGGCGUUGAAGGCCGUGGGCGAGAUCAUUCAGGACUAUGACAGCGAUAAGAUGUUUCCUGCAUUGGGCUUUGGAGCCAAACUUCCUCCCGAUGGCCGGGUUUCCCAUGAAUUUCCCCUGAAUGGUAAUGUAGAUAACCCAUACUGCAAUGGGAUGGAGGGCAUCCUAGAGGCUUACCAUGAGAGUCUGAAGACUGUCCAGCUCUACGGACCCACCAAUUUUGCUCCUAUCAUCAACCAUGUAGCAAGGUAUGCUGCAGCAGUUCAAGACGGCUCGCAGUAUUUUGUGCUUCUCAUCAUCACAGAUGGUGUGAUAUCAGAUAUGGCUCAGACUAAAGAAGCCAUCGUCAAUGCGGCAAAACUACCUAUGUCCAUUAUUAUUGUUGGAGUUGGCCAGGCUGAGUUUGAUGCCAUGGUUGAACUGGACGGCGAUGAUGUAAGAAUAUCCUCCAGAGGAAAGCUGGCGGAGAGGGAUAUUGUACAGUUCGUACCAUUCAGAGACUACAUGGAUAGGACAGGAAACCAUGUCCUGAGCAUGGCACGGCUUGCCAAGGAUGUCCUGGCCGAGAUCCCGGAUCAGUUAAUUUUAUAUAUGAAGUCAAGGGGCAUCAAGCCCAACCAGACACCACCAGACUACAGCCCACCUGGGCUCAGCCCAACCCCCACCGUAUGAGUUUACCCAGCCUGCUGAAAGAAAACAGGCGAUGUUAUGUCACCUCCAAUUUGGAUCUCGUUCAAAGCCAAUACAACUGAUUCAGUGUGAGGCGUCUAGAAGAGCAGAUGGUUUCAGUUCCUGGUUUUUGGAUCUCAUACACUGGAGAAAUUGAAAACUCUAUCUGUGAUCUGGAGGUUAAACUGAAAAGAAUGGUACUUAUUGAUCUGUGAGUUGGUUUCCUUCUCAUAAUUUCUUCACAAAUUAGCCAACAUUUAUAGUUUGGAUCAGUCUCAUUCAGAUUCAUACGUCCGACUUUGCUGGAUAUAUGGAGAAGAUCUGCGCAAGCAAUGCAAUUUUCUGCUUAUUUAACAUCUCUAACAUCUCAACAUCUAUAAAAACGCUAUAGCUCUUGUGUGUCAUAUAGCAUGUGAGGACUGUGUUAUAUUAGGGAAAUCUUCCUUGUAUCUGCCAGAGGAAGCAAACAAGAGCAUCACUAGAAAGUGUGAUCUAAAAAAACAGUGAAACUGUAAGUGGUUGUUUGAAAUAUUAUACCCUGUACGGGUGAUCUGUUUAGUGAAAUUGUUUGAUUUGUUUCUAGAAUUUGUAGAUCCUUCGUGUUAUGGUGGUUUAGGCAAAGUCUUUUUGGUACAAAGUUAUAUUUCCCAUACCAGUGUCCCAUUUAAAGCUUUUUAGAGCUAUGAUAAACAAGACUUUCUAUUUUAAAGCAUGAAAAUCCAGGUAAAAAUAAUUGUACAUUGCAUUAAUACAUUGUAUUAAACAUAUUUAUGUACUUUAGAUGAAAUCAGUUAAGAAAAUUCCAGUGUAAAAGUCUAAGAGUAGCACAAAUAUUUUCUUAAAGCUGUAACAUUUGUAAAUGUUAAUCAGAGGUCACAGAUUCAGAUUCAUUACUGUACACAGACUGAAAUUUCAGGAACGGUCAGCUCACAAGAUUUACUUUAAUUUGCCCCUCCAAUUCCUUAAUGCUCCGGAGCUGGUAUAUCUUGAUAUUGUACAGCAGCUCCUCAGACGCAUGCGAGCCAUCAGAGGAAACAUGAGCAAUGCCCCGCCGCUCGCUGCUAAAGAUGAUUGGAGAUGAGGCAGCGUCUGCUGUUUCUCUCAUAGCACUGUCUGACUCACCUGCUGUCACGCUGAACCUUAGCUCCCUCAUUCCUGGGAUUUUCCCUAGAGUUUAAAACACUUUUCUAUUCUUCACCAUGACAGGAAUUAUUUUACUGGUUUCAAAAGAUGAAAGACAUAUUGCAUGCAGCUAAAAUUGCAUUACUCGCAGUGCAAACAUAAUGCCAUUUUAUUUCAAUGUUCUAGCUUUAAAUAAUUUAUAGCAUUGGCAUAAUAACAGGACAAGCAUCGAACACAAUUAAUUUCAUAAACUUGCCUUACAUACAGUAAGUUUACAUUAAUGGUUGAUGGCAAGCAUAAAUUAGAAACAGUAUUUUAUAUGCAGUAUUAUUACUAAGGAAGCGCAUGUCUAACAUAAAACCUUAAUAGGCUUGAGACAUUCAGUUAAAUCUCAGAAAAUGUUAGCUAUAAGAUGUACUCUUGUCUAGCAUAUACAGCCUCUUUUGUCCGAGGUCCAUUUUGAAAAUUAAUAAUCACUAUCACAGACAAAUCUGUUUGUAUCAGUAAAUACUGACUGACUUUUUUGGACAGCAGGGCCGUUUAUACUUGUUCUUACCCACAUUUUAUACACAUUCU